AUGCCCACAUCAAUCAAUCUUUUCGGACUCCUGCUCUCGAUGUUCAUGAUCACUAUUUCGAGUUUAGCUUCCCCUGUGAUAACCUCUGAUGAUCUGCCCAAGGUCAGCUUGACCAUACCGGAAUAUUCCCAAUAUACUAGUAGCAAUUCAUCUUCAUCGUUAUUAGGUACAAAAUCGAUUGAUAUCGUAGAUCUAUUUUUCGACGAGAAAUCGUCGAUGUACAAUACUACUUUCUUUUGGGGAUUGUAUACUCCAAGAAACGAUAGAUUCAAAAGACGUUCUACCCUUCAAUAUAAUAUGACCUGCCAUAUCGCCGCCACAGCAUAUUAUGUGAUCAACCCAUUCUCAUUUGACCUAACAUACGAAAAACCAUACGUCAAUCAUUCUCCAGAUAGUUCAAUCAGGUUAUGGUGUCCUCCCGAAGAGGUAGUCUGCAUGCAUAAAUCGGAUGGAGAAUGUAAUGCUACUAUCCCUUUGCCAUUAGUGGACUCCGUGAGUUAG